GGCACCGCGGCUCCUUUUGGACUCAUCUGCCGGACCGAGUCCAGCUGCAAGAACCUCCCGGAACCAGACCGAGUUCGACCGCACCGAGCCCGGUAACUUACGACGAUGAUGCUGCCUCUGUUACUCCUCCAGCUGGUGCUUGCUCCAGCCCUUUUGGUGUCCGCUGAGGACUACUGGGAAGACUGGGGUGCGUUCGGGCCAUGCAGUCGGACCUGCGGCAGUGGUGUGAUGAUCAGAAGCAGACGCUGCGUCACCCACAGAAAUGACGGAGGGUUCAACUGCGUUGGACCUGACAAGUCUUAUCUGGCCUGUAACACUGAGCCGUGUCCCGCGGGAACCAAGGAUUACCGCGAGGAGCAGUGCGCCCAGUUCGACGGGACUGACUUCAAGGGGACGCGCUACUCCUGGCUGCCUUAUUAUGGAGCCGAGAACCCCUGCGAGCUGAACUGCAUACCAAGGGGAGGGAACUUUGUCUACCGCCACAGCGCCGCCGUUAAGGACGGGACACCUUGCCACCCCGGACGCCAUGAUGUCUGCGUGGAGGGAGUCUGCGUGCACAUGGGCUGCGACCACAUGCUGAACUCCCCUCUGCAAGAGGACCCCUGCCUGAUGUGCGGAGGCAACGGGCACUCCUGCUCACUGGUCAAGAACACCUUCACCGCACAGCGUCUGGCCCACGGUUAUAACCAUGUCGUCACCAUCCCCGCUGGAGCCACCUCCAUCAGCAUCAGAGAGAAGAAACCCUCACGCAAUUACCUGGCCGUCAAGAACCUGCAAGGAGAUUACUACCUGAACGGCCACUGGUCCCUCGAGUUCUCCCAGGCCACGCACAUUGCCGGCACCAAACUGUACUACCAACGAGGCGUCGAGGGCGACAGCACUCCCGAGUCCAUCAUCGGCCGCGGACCCACCACCGAGCCCCUCGUCGUGGAGCUGAUCAGCAUGGAGCCUAACCAGGGCGUGGAUUACGAGUACUACCUUCCCGUGGGACACCCCACAGAGGGAUACGCCUGGAGCUUCGGAUCUUGGUCCGCCUGCAGCAAAGAGUGCGGAUUAGGCUUCCAGUCCAGAGCCGUCUACUGCUCCAUCGACAACGAGGCCGUGCCCGACAACCUGUGCCCGUACUACGCGCGGCCCAUCCACAACAGAACCUGCAACCCUCAGGCCUGCCCUACCACCUACACCUGGAGAACCGGCGAGUGGAACGACUGCUCCGUCCAGUGCGGCGGCGGCUUCCAGUAUCGCGGCGUGGACUGUCUCUACAAUGACGAGUCGGGACCCCGCGUGGUCGAGGACGCCUUCUGCGCCCAGUACUCCCAGGCACCCACCGACCAGCAGUACUGCAACAUGCAGCGUUGUGACGAGCACCCCGGCAGAGCGAUCAUUUCCGAAAUCCCCUCUGAAAAUGCCGUCGAGUGCCGCAGAACCACCUACGGGUGCUGCUACGACCGCACCACCGCCGCAGCUGGGCCCAAUGGCGAGGGCUGCCGCGACCCACCAGCACCCUAUGAGCGUUCCAUCUGCUCGCUGCCCAAGGCCGCCGGAUCCUGCUCCAGCUGGAGGGCGCAUUACUUCUUCAAUGUUCUAACUGCCAAGUGUACCGAGUUCUGGUAUGGAGGCUGCUUUGGCAACAGCAACAACUUUGACACGCAGGAGGAGUGCGAGAGGGUCUGCCACGAGCCCAAUGGCAGAUCAAAUGGAAACGGAAACGGCUACAAUGGAAAUGGAAACGGAAACGGUAAUGGUGGCACCAACGGAAAUGGUAAUGGUGUCGCCAACGGAAACGGUAAUGGUGGCACCAACGGAAAUGGUAAUGGUGGCACCAACGGAAAUGGUAAUGGUGUCGCCAACGGAAACGGUAAUGGUGGCACCAACGGAAAUGGUAAUGGUGUCGCCAACGGAAACGGAAACGGUCGCGCCAACGGAAACGGAAACGGUAAUGGUCGCGCCAAUGGAAACGGAAACGGUAAUGGUCGCGCCAACGGAAACGGAAACGGUAACGGUCACACCAACGGAAACGGUAAUGGAAAUGGCAACGACGACGCCAAUGGAAACGGUAACGGCGGUGUCAAUGGAAAUGGUAAUGGCAGGGCCAACAGAAAUGGAAACGGUAACGGCCGCGCCAACGGAAAUGGAAACGUUAACGGCCGUGCCAACGGAAAUGGAAACGGUAACGGCCGCGCCAACGGAAAUGGAAACGUUAACGGCCGUGCCAACGGAAAUGGAAACGGUAACGGCCGCGCCAACGGAAAUGGAAACGGUAACGGCCGCGCCAACGGAAAUGGAAACGGUAACGGCCGCGCCAACGGAAAUGGUAAUGGCCGUGCCAACGGAAAUGGUAACGGAAAUGGAAACGGUAACGGCCGCACCAACGGAAACGGAAACGGUAACGGCCGCACCAACGGAAACGGUAAUGGUAACGGUUCCCUAAAUGGAAAUGGUAACGGCCGCACCAACGGAAACGGUAAUGGUAACGGUUACCCAAAUGGAAAUGGAAAUGGUAAUGGCCGCACCAACGGAAACGGUAAUGGUAACGGUUACCUAAAUGGCAAUGGCAACGAUAACGGCCGCUCCAACGGAAACGGUAACGGUUACCCAAAUGGAAAUGGCAACGGAAAUGGUAACGGUAAUGGUUACCCAAAUGGAAAUGGCAACGGUAACGGCCACUCCAACGGAAACGGUAUCGGUUACCCAAAUGGAAAUGGCAACGGAAAUGGCAACGGUAACGGCCACUCCAACGGAAACGGUAAUGGUCACGACAAUGGAAAUGGAAACGGUAACGGUUACCCAAAUGGAAAUGGCAAUGGAAACGGUAACGGCCGUUCUAAUGGAAACGGUAAUGGUCCCGUCAAUGGAAAUGGCAACGGUCACUCCAACGGAAACGGAAAUGGAAACGGCGAGCAUGACAACGGAAACGGAAAUGGAAACGGCGAGCGUGGCAACGGAAAUGGCAACGGUCACUCCAACGGAAAUGGAAACGGCGAGCAUGACAACGGAAAUGGCAAUGGUCACUCCAACGGAAACGGAAAUGGAAACGGCGAGCAUGGCAACGGUCACUCCAAUGGAAAUGGAAACGGCGAGCGUGGCAACGGAAAUGGCAACGGUCACUCCAACGGAAAUGGAAACGGCGAGCAUGACAACGGAAAUGGCAACGGUCACUCCAACGGAAAUGGAAACGGCGAGCAUGACAACGGAAAUGGCAACGGUCACUCCAACGGAAAUGGAAACGGCGAGCAUGACAACGGAAAUGGCAACGGUCACUCCAACGGAAACGGAAAUGGAAACGGCGAGCAUGGCAACGGUCACUCCAAUGGAAAUGGAAACGGCGAGCGUGGCAACGGAAAUGGCAACGGUCACUCCAACGGAAACGGAAACGGCGAGCAUGACAACGGAAAUGGCAACGGUCACUCCAACGGAAAUGGAAACGGUGAGCAUGACAACGGAAAUGGCAACGGUCACUCCAACGGAAAUGGAAACGGCGAGCAUGACAACGGAAAUGGCAACGGUCACUCCAACGGAAAUGAAAACGGUGAGCACUACAAUGGAAAUGGAAACGGUAAUGGAAACGGAAACGGUCGCUCCAACGGAAACGGUCGCUCCAACGGAAACGGAAAUGGUGAGGACCACAACGGAAACGGAAAUGGUCGCUCCAACGGAUAUGGACAGCGCGCCAACGGAAACGGAAACGGAAAUGGUGAGGACCACAACGGAAAUGGAAACGGUGAGCACGGAAACGGAAACGGAAAUGGUCGCUCCAACGGCAACGGUGGCAGGGUAGCUGCCAAGGUGGCCCAUACUGCCCACAAAGCCCGAUUCUACAUGAAGGCCCGCAAGCCUUACUUCAUCACAGUGAAAAAGCACCUCAUCCGCGCAGCCAGGCUUGCUCGCUCCAGUUUGACUUUGCCAGCCCAGGUGAGGAUCGACCAGUCGGACCCGUCCGCCGUGGAGGCCCUGGUGGGCCAGACGGUGGUGCUGCCCUGCAGAGUCAGCCCGCCGCCGUCGUCGUCAUCCAGUGCGGUCACCGUGGUAGAGUGGAGGAAGGACGGAGUCGCACUCGCGUCACACAGACGUCAGGAGCAGCCGAACGGUUCGCUGCUUCUCGGUCCCGUCGGCAAGUCGGACGCCGGCUGGUUCUUGUGCGUGGCCACCAGGGAGCAGGAGAGAGAUCACCGCUACGUUUACCUGACCGUCUCAGAGGCAGCGUCCCAGCCGCAGACCACCUCCCCACCCACAGACGGACCCUCGCCAGAGUUCAGCCUGGAGCGCUCGGCCUCGUCUUUGCUGGAGACGCGAGCGGGACAAGCGGCCCGGCUGCCGUGCGCCGUCGUACCCGCGGCCGCGCUGCCGUACGUCAGCGUACAGUGGACGCGCGACGGACGCGCGCUCGCCGACUCCAGGUUUGUCCAGCAGUCAGAUGGCGCGCUGCUCAUUGAGUCGCUCCAGACGGAGGACGCCGGCGUGUACACUUGCUCCGCCUCCACGCAACAUCAUCUGGAGCAGAGACACGUACAACUUAGAGUCCAAGCCGCCCUGCAGAUUACCAAAGCUCCCGACAACAUCCAGGUCCCUAAAGGCAGCGCGGCCCUGCUGCCCUGCGUGGCGUCGGGGGACAACGUCAGCAUCGGCUGGUCCAGGAACGGCGUCCCGGUGCGUCCGGACGGGCGUAAGGUCCAGGCGUCACCCGACGGGAGCCUGAUCUUGAACAACGUGCAGACGUCCGACGAGGGCACCUACACGUGCAACGCCUACGCCGGCGUCUAUUCGGUCAGCGCCUCGGCCGACGUACGCGUCGCCAAAGACGCGCGGACAGGCGUGGCCCCGACGUCAUCGUCAUCAUCAUCAUCAUCAUCGGGGACGGCGUGCUCGGACCAGCCCGAGCUGGCCAACUGCAAGCUGGUGGUCUACGCCCGCCAGUGUGCCAACCAGUACUACGCCGCCUUCUGCUGUGCCAGCUGUGCCCGCCAAGCACGGAGCGGUGACAGGUUAGCUCGGUGACACCACGGUGCUGGUUCUGGCGGUGCGCUCCGUUUUUGGGUGGGGUACCGAGAAGGGAGGGGUUAAGAUGCUUUGAGGCCUCUGGGCUGCACGGGGCGCGCCAGGCUUCAAAUAUUCUCAUCAUUUUAUUGCCAUUUUAUCAUAUUGUUUUAUUUUUGUAUGUUCACAAUAAAAACAAUGCAUUCACGAUGA